CUCCACCUCCCCGUUGCCUCUCACCCGCAAUUGCCAUCCACAAUGGCCUCUGCUCGUUCCCUGAUGCGGUUGGGCACCGGCCGCUCGCUGGCUUCGGCCGCGCGGUCGUCCCGGAUGUGCCGUCCUUUCUCGACGACCCCUCUGCUGAAGGAGUCGAUUCCCGAGCCUCCUAACAUGCGCCAGGCUCAGCGUCCUCCUGAGGGUGCCCUCCGUGCCCCCGUCGUCAACCCUGCCGACAAGUACCAGGACAAGGCCGAUGCUCUGCACCAGUACGGCCAGUACGUCAUGUCCUGUUUGCCCAAAUACGUCCAACAGUUCACCGUAUGGAAGGAUGAACUGGUCAUCUACGUUCCCCCCUCCGGUGUUAUCCCAUUGAUGAGCUUCCUCAAGUACCACACCGCCGCCGAAUUCACCCAGAUCUCCGAUAUCACGGCCGUCGACUUCCCCACGAAGGAUCAGCGUUUUGAGGUUGUUUACAACAUGCUAAGCGUCCGCCACAACUCCCGUAUUCGUGUGAAGACCUACGCCGAUGAGGCCACCCCGGUCCCUAGUGUCACUGGUCUGUUCGAGGGAGCUCUUUGGUACGAGCGUGAAGUGUACGAUAUGUUUGGCGUUUUCUUCACCGGCCACCCUGACCUGCGCCGUAUCAUGACCGACUACGGUUUCGACGGCCAUCCUCUGCGCAAGGACUUCCCCUUGACCGGAUACACUGAGCUCCGAUAUGACGAAGAGAAGAAGCGCAUUGUCAUUGAGCCUCUUGAGCUUACGCAGGCAUUCCGGAACUUCGAGGGUGGUACUGCCGCCUGGGAGCCUGUUGGAUCGGGUGUUGACAGAACUCCCGAGUCGUUCAAGCUUCCUACCCCCAAGCCCGAGGAGAAGCCGGAGGAAAAGAAAUAGAGCAGUGUAUUCGUAUUUCCUUUCCUGUUUGUAUGUACAUACGUCUACGAGUGAAUUCAGUGCAAUUGUUUGGUCAAGAAAUUAUCAUGUAAGAAAGAGAAGAAAAGAGAAAAGAAAAUUACCACUGAAAUCGCAUAUAAAA